GAAUCCGUUUUGGGGGUGAAGCAGACAUGGAGGAGCUGAGCGCCGUGGGAGAGCAGGUUUUUGAUGCGGAGUGCAUUUUAAACAAACGGCUCCGGAAGGGAAAGUUGGAGUUUCUCGUGAAGUGGAGGGGAUGGUCAUCCAAACACAACAGCUGGGAGCCUCAAGAAAACAUCCUUGAUCCAAGACUCUUGGCUGCAUUCAACAAGAAAGAGCAAGAAAAGGAACUUCUGAUGCUUAAAAGAGGCAAAAGGCCCAGAGGACGACCACGAAAGAUCUUAGACAAUGCACCCGAGCCUACAAAGUCGAGCAGCUCUUCAUCUGCUACAUCUUCCUCAUCCUGUGAUUCCUCAUCCUCAUGCUCUUCUUCAUCUUCAUCAUCAGACGAUGAUGAAAGCCACGUUAAACAAACAAGUCCAGCUGUAAGAACAAGAGAGCUUCAUCCUGUCCCCCAGAAGAAAGCCCAGAUUGUCACAAAACAAGAGUCUCAAAAGAAACGGAGCAAGAAACUUCCUGAAGCAAAGGAUUUUCUGCAGAACAAAAGCCCCUGCAAAAUCCUGAAGACCACCAAAGAUGCGGAUCUUCCAGGGGCCAUCAAGAAGCCUGUUCACCCAUCAAGCUUUACCUUCAUGGGUUUUCACCGUAACACAGCCAGAGAUAUGGUGGGUGGUCAGUACAGGAGCCCCUUGAGUCAUGGUGGGGCAGUUAAAAUGAGCUCAGUUGGACCUGGCCGGUCAUCAGUCCAAACCUCAUCAGGCCUCCUUAACAAAUCCAACCCGAGCAGAAACGUAACCGACGGCAAACUGCCCAUCUCCACCAGUAUGAAUAAUGGAGCAAGUCUUGAUUUGAAAGCAGCUGCUUGUAAAUCAAAAGGCGUUGCGGCAUUGAAUUUGAAUACAUCUAAACACCCCAUCCAAGGAACCGCUCAGCACACCCUGAGUCCACCCUGUGGACAAAAGAAGCCCCAGGCUCCUGUGUCAACAGUGCAGCGGAUACCCAAUACGAAAACUGUGGCAUCCUUAUCGUCAAAAAACUCCUCUUCCAGUCAGGGUUCCAGUCCUCAACCCCUCAACCUUCAGAAUAAAACAUCUCCAUUCAGUGGUGCUCAUGGAACUGGUCCUACACCAGCAUCAGGUCUGAGAAAUCCAUCAAACCCAGCAAGGAAGAUCACAAUCACACAAAGCCAGAAGUCCAAUCCUCCUAAAAGUCCUGUAAUCCCUGGAAGACUACCGGCCAGGAAACCCCAACUUGGUGGAGACAAAGAGGUGAACGAACUCCAGACGAACAAAGUCCAAGGCAGACUGGACAAAUCCUGCACAGAAAUCCAGAACCAGCAGGAGAGAGUGCCCACUAAAGGCAGCAAAAAAGCCAAGAUAACUGAAAUGAGCACCGGUGAAGAGGAGAGCAGCUCCGACUCGGACCCUGACAACUCCUGUGCCGGACAGGGUCACUCAGUUCUGAGCCAGAACCAGGACUGGAAGCCCACACGCAGUCUAAUUGAACAUGUGUUUGUAACCGAUGUCACAGCUAAUCUGGUCACUGUCACAGUCAAGGAGUCACCGACUAGCGUGGGCUUCUUCAGCAUCCGCAACUACUGACGGAGCUCGGGUCGACCAAACCAGAAUAGUCCUGGCUCAAAGAACUGGAGAAACUCGGCAGACUAAACUACAGGGUUAAUAAUUAGUUCUUUAUUUUAUUCUAGUAAAGAAAAAUUUAGGGAUUCAAGAAAUAAAAAUAGAGUACAUAAAUGAUUGUAACUAUUUAUUCGCCAAUUUUGGCCUCACCUGAUGGACUCCGAUACAAAUCUGAACUUCAGCAGUCCUCAUUU